AUGGCGUUCAAGAAAACACUACCUCAACGUAUUUUUAGUGCAUACAAAUUUAGUGCUCCAUCUCUAACAUUAACAUGUCGUAUUACUUCUUCAAUCAUGGUGGAAGCAAAAUCCACCGAUAAAAAUACGGAUCCACGGCGAUUUCUUUACCAAUCAAUGGUAUCCUCGCCGGAGAUCCAAGGGUCACUAGCCAUGGGAGAAAAACUCCGCCAUAAAUUACAUGGGAUGGACAUUAUUUCGAGAGAUAAGGUGAGAUUAAUUAAUAAGGUACUCUUGCUUCCGCGGCCCCCACCGCGACAGGAGUCAUUGGAUGUGGGGUCCAUGACGGAUGCGAGAAAGACUUUAAAGUUGUCGCAACUUGAAAUGUUGAAAUCGAGGCUAAGGAAAAUGGAGAAGAGUUGGAUUUUGUUCCAUGAAUUUAUUGAAAUUUGUAAGGAAACAUGUUUGGAUGAUGAUCAAUGCCUUCAGUUUGCUAAGAAGAUGGAUGAAUCGGGAGAUGUUAUUGUUUUGGGAAACCUUGUUUUUCUCCGCCCUGAUCAGGUAGUACGAGCCAUGCAAGAACUAUUGCCAAUGCACAAACCAAAUCAUGACAAAGAAAGAAUGAAGGAGCUUGAACAAAUGGAAAAGGAAAAAACAUCAAUUGACAAGAAAGCAGAAUCAUUAGUACGUAAAGAAAUGUGGUUUGGACUUGGAUGUUUGGUAAUUCAAACAACAGCUUUCAUGAGGUUCACUUUUUGGGACCUAACAUGGGAUGUUAUGGAACCAAUUUGUUUCUACCUCACAUCAACAUAUUUCAUGGCUACUUAUUUUUUCUUUCUUAAGACAUCCAAAGAGCCUUCUUUUCAAGGCUUCUUCCAGGCACGUUUUAAUACAAAGCAAAAUCGACUUAUGAAACUUCAUAAUUUCGAUCUUCAGAGGUAUAAUGAGCUCCGGAGAGUUCACUAUCCUCAAUCGUCGCCAAUUAAUUGGUAA